AGUCGCCAGACUCGCCAGGAGUCAUCCGCGGUGACCCACGAUCACUUACGAUCCAUCGACGACGGAUAUUCAAGCUGGUUCCCCGACUUUACGACAAACGUUGACAAUCAGCAAGAUUGUACGAAUAUCAAUUCUGGAGCUUCUCAUUUGGACGAGCACGAUCGUUCCUCAUCACGUCAACGAUUGGCAAUCAACUGAAUCAACCCUGGAAUUUGUCAGUUCUGCUGGAUUCGUGCUCCUGCGGCGAUAGAAUGUCUCGGAGUAUAAAGUAAAGUUCUCAUAAAGUGUCCGACAAAAAUAGCUGAAAUAAAAACAUUCAAGUUAAGUGAUCACCGUUUUCUUCUCUUACAUUUAUAUUAUUGUUAUUACUUUUAGAGAUUCUCGGAUUAACGCUUUCGAAUUUUUAGUACAGAUAGUUGUAGCGCUAAUGUCAUGCUUUACGUCGCGAAAACGUUGAAGAGCAACCGAUAAUUCGAAAUUUUAGUAGAUCUGAAAACUGUGUAUCAGUAAUUGUGUGAUUUGCAACGUAAACUUUAUUUUGGGGAAAAAAGCGAUGAUAUCGUAAGAGUGUGAUUGACGGAAACGCGCAGCGUAUCGUCAGGGAAAACGCGAUGCACAGCAAAUUUCCUGCUUUCCUCAUCGAAGUUCAAUCCCGGCGCAAUCGCAGUGACGUAGAAUCUCUGGCACGCACUGACAGCGAGGGACGAUCGGGACCAGUGAGAUUUUCACGGUACCAACAGUGGACGAUACAGCGGAGUGAGUCGUAACACGAGGUCAGCAAGCCGUUAAGGACAUUCGAGGACGAAGAGCGUUACCUGCAGCGUGUGGGUUCGCGCGCGCGCGCACACGCGAUGUCCAUUCCUGACAACGAAACCGCAACGCGCGCAAUCGCUCUGCCGGGAGCGUCGUUGAUCCAGAUCACCAUUCACCAGGAUCCGCAUCGAUCAAGAUCACCGUUAUUCGGGAAUCUCAACCGUCGCGUCGGCUCGCGAUGGGAUCGUUGAGAGUCCCUAGUUUCUCAUAGUUGCUUAGACCGUGAAACUCUUGAAUUAAACUCGAAUACUUUCAGCUCGGUGACCUUUGAACUGUUUGCUCGUGGUGCUCGAAAAUAUUUGAACAGUUCCGGAACUUUCGUGCUGUUGCUGAAGCUACGAAGAGAAGCGCGCGCUUAGCGUUGGAUAAUCGCGGGAAUUGAAUGCGACGAGAGAAAAGUGGAAGAGCUUACUUUCUUUCGUAGGUAAAUUCGAGGAGAAAGAAAGAGGGAAGAAUUUUGCUGGGAGAAAGAGGGACGAGGAAAAGAAAAGUCCAGGAGGAGGAUAAGGAAUCGAAAAGGAAAGCAGAAAGGAUUACGAUUUAAAGACACUGACUCCUCCUUGACAUCAUCAUGUCAGCUCAACCUUUUUCUAUCCUGCUGAUCCUCGCAGCGAUCCUCGGCGAUUUGACGAUCGGUAGCGCCGAGAGGAUAAGCGGUUUAUACGUGGACAACGGCUUCGAUCAGACGGUGGUUCAUCGUGUGGUCAGCCAGCGUGAGAAACGCGAGGUGGAGCACGAGAUCCUGAAUCUGCUGGGACUCCCGGAUCGUCCACGGAACACCAUCGGUAGGACCCCCCAAGUGAAGAGGUCAGCGCCCAAGUUUCUACUGGAUAUCUACAAGAACGCCCUUGGCGAGGACGAAGAGGAAAAGCCCGUGGCACGUAGUCACAAAGCCGGGGAGUUCGACCUCAGCGGGCAGGAUUUGAGAGCGAUCGAUCAGAGCGAUGUUAUCAUGACUUUCGCGGCUCACAAUCAUCACGUCCCUGGGGUGAGACACGAACGUGGGAAGAGGCUCUGGUUCGAUGUGUCCGAAGUACCACCUGAAGAAUACAUAAUUGGCGCUGAGCUUAGGUUGUAUCAUAGUGCACACACGAAGAUUCAGAAGAGUCAUGGUUCCCACACAAUCACGGCGUACCGAGUAUUGAACACUAAAGAAGGAAUUCGAGAAUUACAGUACAUCGAUGCCAUAAAUAUUACGGACAACAAAGAGGGCUGGCUGACAUUGAACAUCAGCGAGGCUUUUGAACAUUGGGUGAAGGACUCAAACGAAAAUCGAGGACUGUAUCUCUCUGUGCAUCCUGCUGAUCGUUCAGCGCACGAAGUGAGACCAGAGGAUAUCGGAAUUAUGGGAUUCCGGGGUGAUCCAGACAAGCAACCCUUCAUAGUGGGCUAUUUUAAGAGUUCAGGCGUAAGGGAGUCCAAGGUUCGACAGAAGCGCGAUGCCAAGAGGAAGAAGAAGAGUGAGGCCACCGGUUGGGAUUACCGGAAUAAUCCUUACACUGAUCCUGGAGCACAGUAUUCACGAACCUGCAAAAUACAAACGUUAUAUGUCAGCUUCCGCGAUUUGCAGUGGCAGGAUUGGAUUAUUGCGCCGGAUGGGUACGAUGCAUAUUAUUGUAGCGGGGAAUGCAACUUCCCAUUGAACGCUCAUAUGAACGCAACUAACCACGCAAUAGUUCAAACUCUAGUGCAUUUGGUGAGUCCGGGCAAGGUACCCAAGCCAUGCUGCGCGCCCACCAAACUUUCAGCCAUUUCCGUCUUGUAUUUCUUGGACGAGAGCAAUGUCAUCUUGAAGAAAUAUAAGAACAUGGUUGUUAAGAGUUGCGGCUGCCAUUAGAUUUUUCUUUCCCAGCCAACUGAUAGAAUUGAAAAACAACGCUCAUUGAUGCAGAGACCAGCUG